AUGCAAAUCCCUCAAUUUUUGAAUGAGUUUGACUUGAAAAAGUGUUACUGCGUUCAACAUGGACGAAAACUGGAGUGUCAACAGGCUCUGCAUGAAGAGCUUCUACUAGAGAACUUCGAAAUCGAAAUCAUUGAAGACGGUCGCGACGACGCCAAUGACGACCCCAAGAAAAAUCGGAAAGAGUGCGCAGACUGUGUCCAUCUUGACUAUGACGAAAAGUAUUGUCGUUGCGUUUUUUGCGAGAAAUUUGUGCAUAAUGAGUAUGCGAUGCACUGCCACAAGUCUGGAUGCCACAAGACGGCGUGCUAUUCCUGUGUUUACAAUGAUCUUGCUGUGAUUGAAUACUGCUACCGUACGACUGCCGUGAGUUUGCGUGCAACAAUUGUGAAACACGCGAUUUCUGUCAGCGUUGUCAGGAGUGUUUUUGUCGCACUUGCCAAAAGCUUGUAA